CCCCCCGCCGCCACCGGAAGGGCCGGGACCGGCCCCAGUGCCUCGCCGCAGCCACCAGCAUGAGGAGCUGGCCCUGGGAGUUUGCACUAGGAAGGACCGAGGUCACUGGAACGGGGGAGCACCGGGAACAGUACUGUGGGCACUGGGAACUGGUAUCAGGAGCACUGGGGAGCACCAGUACUGGGGGAACUGUGACCAUUUGGAACUGCGAGACGGUGCUGUGCAGUGCCCGGGCCUCAGUGCUGCUCUACGAUGACACCCACAAGCAGUGGGUGGCAGCUGGGGGGGGUCCGCAGACCCUCAGCUGCGUCCAGCUCUACCACCACCCUGGCACCAACGCCUUCCGCCUGGUGGGACGCAAGAUGCAGCCCGACCAGCAGGUGGUGCUGAACUGCCCACUGGGGAGGGGGCUGCGCUACAGCCAGGCCACCCCCCAGUUUCACCAGUGGCGUGAGGCCCGGCGGGUCUGGGGGCUCAGCUUCGGCGCCCCCCGUGAGGCCGCCCUCUUCGCUGCCGCUGUCCUGCGGGCCCUGCGGGCGCUGGAGGAGGGGCACCCCCCCUGUCCUGGCCAGACCCUGACGGUUCAGCUUCAGAGGAGCCCCGAGCAGCAGGAGAGGCAUGUGCUGGAGGACCCCGAGCGCCGUGUGGCACCUGCAGCUGCCAUCGCGGGAGCUAAACUCAGGAAAGUCAGCAAGGAUGAGGCACCGGGUGCGGGAGCUCCCCCUGCGCCCCCCAAGGGCGAUGGUGCCCGGGGAGGGGGCGGGGGGGGGCUGAUGGAGGAGAUGAGCGCCAUGCUGGCCCGACGGACGAGGUGGAGCCGGGCACUAGGACCCCGGGGCAGCCCCGCGGGGGCACCCCUAGGGGAAGGGGAGGGGGGGUGGGGGCUGGGCCCCCCACCCCCUCACUGUUCUCCCCCUGCAGAGCCUGUGCGGAGGACCCCUGGGAGGAAAAGCCAGCUCCACACUGCCCAGGAUGAAGUCAGCCAUCCCAGCUGCCCCCGCUGGACCCCCCCCAGCCCUGCUGAUGAGCCUGACCUGGAACGAAUGAAACAGGAGCUGCUGGAGGAGGUGCGGAGAGAGCUGCAGAAGAUGAAGGAGGAGAUCAUUGAAGCAUUUGUGGUGGAGCUGCGGAAGCGGAGCGCGCGCCCUAGCCACCCCCCACACUGAAGAUGGGGGAGGCCCCCCCCUCCUUCCUCCCCAUCACCUCACACACACUCCCUCCCCUCAUUUCACCCCCCCACUGCCCUGGGGGAGGGGGGGCGGCUCUAGGCUGGACCUCCCCCCCCCGGGCUGUGCCUUACCGGCUGGGGGGGGCCCAGACAGCCCCCCUCCCACUGUGCCCCCCCCUCACCACCAGUUUGAGGACCCCUUUUUUUUAUAGUGGGAUGGGGGGGGGCAAAAGAGGGGUGCCCCCCCCUUUCCCCACCCCCGGGGUCGUUUUUUUAUGCCACUUUUGGGUUUUUUCACCUUUUUUUGCAAUUUUUUUUUUUUUUGGGGGGGGGGGGAGGGGUGUAUCAUGCCUCCAUCCCCUGCCCCCAAUAAAUACAGUUGUUUUGUACAUGA